AUGCCCGACGAGCCGUCCUCUAACGCCCUCGGGCUAGAGUUCUCGCAGCAAAUUGUCGAGGGCAAGGAGCUUGAGGUUCCAGAGGCCAUCCCAACGUCUCCUACAUCUCCAUCGGAGGGCCUGAAGAAGAAGGAUGUCAAAGAAAAACCGUAUGUCAAUCCCGACCGUGUCAAGACGGGCGGUGCUCAAAGGGAUAAACUCAGUGAAGAGGCCCUGGCUGAAAAAAUGGCCCGCAUCCGGGAACAGAAUGAAAAAAUCAGGCAACGACGACUGGAUGUUCAAGCUGACGAAGAAGCUUUUCGAAAAACACAGGAGCAAGACCGCGAGAAACAGGCGCAGAACCGCAAGAUCCAAGCAGACAUCGAUCGUGCUAGAGAUCAAAACGCCAGACGCAAGAUGGACAAGGCCCAGUAUCGAGAUUGGGACUCAGGAAAACCGUCUGUGAACAAGAAAUCAGGUCCUGGAGCGCAGGAAUUAACAGGUGUGAAGGACUCGAACAACGCGCCAGCCGGAACAGUAGAUUGGGGGAAUGCACCUUUAGAUCAACCUGCUGGAGAGCCAAAAGAAGAAACUACGACGUCGAACGACUGGGGCCCAACAACUUCCGAGACCACAGCGCAGGACUGGGGUGUUGCUUCCGCGUCCUCUGAUACACAAGAAACUAAGGACUGGUCAGGAGCUCCUAUAACUGCCCAAGAUUGGGGUCUACCCUCAUCGACUGGUGAUGCCUCCACUGCAGAUUGGUCUGGUGCACCAAUCGCUACACAGGAUUGGGGUUCAGUGGAUUCCUCUACGAUUCCCGGGGAAGGGGAAGAGGUGAAGGUCUGGGCAGAGGAGACGGCACUCGAGGUAGGGGAGAUAGUAUUCGAGGGAGAGGGGGCGGUGCUCGAUGGAGAGGGGAUGGCGCUCGUGGUCGGGGCGCUGAACGUGGACGAGGAAGAGGAGACAGUGCUCGUGGAAGAGGAGACGGCGAACGAGGAAGGGGUUCUGGCAAUGGAAGUGCCCGCGGUGCUCCUGCUUCAACAUAAUAUUUCAUGCAUUUUGACAUCGAUAUACCCUUGA